AUUCCCUGGGAGGGCGCGGAGCGGAAGCGGAAACAGCGACGCUGGCGCCGGCGGCCUGGUGGCCAGGAACGGAAGCGGAAGUGGCGGCGGCGCCGGCCUGGCCUGGCCUGGCUGAAGGGAGGCGGCGGGCGGGCGCGAUGGCGGAGGCCGGGCCGCAAGCGCCGCCUCCCCCGGGCACCCCAAGCCGGCACGAGAAGAGCUUGGGACUUCUCACCACCAAGUUCGUGUCGCUUCUCCAGGAGGCCAAGGAUGGUGUGCUUGACCUCAAGCUGGCAGCUGACACCCUUGCCGUGCGCCAGAAGCGGCGGAUUUACGACAUUACUAACGUGCUGGAAGGUAUCGGGCUGAUCGAGAAAAAAUCCAAGAAUAGCAUCCAGUGGAAGGGCGUGGGGCCUGGCUGCAAUACCCGGGAGAUUGCGGACAAGCUGAUUGAGCUCAAGGCUGAGAUCGAGGAGCUGCAACAGCGGGAGCAAGAAUUGGACAAGCACAAGGUGUGGGUGCAGCAGAGCAUCCGGAACGUCACAGAGGACGUGCAGAACAGCUGCUUGGCCUACGUGACUCAUGAGGACAUCUGCAGAUGCUUUGCUGGAGAUACUCUACUGGCCAUCCGGGCCCCAUCGGGCACCAGCCUCGAGGUGCCCAUCCCAGAGGGCCUCAAUGGGCAGAAGAAGUACCAGAUUCACUUGAAGAGUGUAAGCGGCCCCAUUGAGGUGCUGCUGGUGAACAAGGAGGCAUGGAGCUCACCGCCUGUGGCAGUGCCUGUGCCGCCACCUGAAGAUCUGCUCCAGAGCCCACCUGCGGUCCCUACCCCUCCACCUCUGCCCAAGCCUACCCUGGCCCAGCCCCAGGAUACCUCACGCCCAAGCAGUCCCCAUGUGACCACCCCCACCCCUGUUCCUGGCAUCAUCGAAACCCAGGGGGUGCCUGGUCCAGCAACUGAGAUCACAGUGAGUGGUGGCCCUGGAACCAAUAGCAAGGACAGUGGUGAGCUUAGCUCCCUCCCACUGGGCCUGACAGCACUGGACACCCGGCCGCUACAGUCCUCUGCCCUGCUGGACAGUAGCAGCAGCAGCAGCAGCAGCAAUAGCAGCUCAUCUGGACCCAACCCUUCUACCUCCUUUGAGCCCAUCAAGGCAGACCCCACAGGAGUUCUGGAACUCCCCAAAGAACUGUCAGAAAUCUUCGAUCCCACACGAGAAUGCAUGAGCUCAGAGCUGCUGGAGGAGCUGAUGUCUUCAGAAGUGUUUGCCCCUCUCCUCCGCCUUUCUCCACCCCCUGGAGACCACGAUUACAUCUACAACCUGGACGAGAGUGAAGGUGUCUGUGACCUCUUCGACGUGCCUGUUCUGAAUCUCUGACUGACAGAGACAUGCUCUGUGUGGCUGGGACACAGACUGUGUGACCUGGGGGCUGCCUGAGGACGUCCCCCAUUCUACCCCUACACAGCUUGAGAGCCACAGACUCCUGGCUUCCCCAGCUUUCCCUCACUGCAGUUCUGAACACAACUCCCACUCCUGCACGAGCACCUGUACCGUGCUAGGAAAGUAGGGGAAAGGGGCUCAGCCCCCUUCACCGUGGAGCCAACGUUUGCCUCUUCUUUUCUGGGGCUUUCCUCCACUUCAUGCCCUCUCAGAGCCCAGGCUCAGCUACCACUCAGUGGCACAGAACCGAAGACCUGCCAUCACCCCAAUAGGGCAGCUUGUCCAACCCUACUGCCCUGUUCCAGCCAACCCCCACUCCCCCACACUCUGAGGUGGGGAGCCUAGGGUGGAGCCUGAUGCUCUCUGGCACCACCCCAGCCUCCUUCACUUUUCCCCACCCCCUGAACCUGCAGCUCCCCUUGGACCUCUGUGUGUAUCCCCCAUCUGCCUGGCCCUUAGCCCUGAGAACCUAUAGGUAGGGUUGGGGUGGGGGGAGUGCUAACAGGAAAGAACAGAGAGGUCUUUAGCUAGAAAUCUGGGCAAGUGAGUCCCUAAGGAUUGGUCCAAUCUCCUGCUGCCCUGUAGGUCUCCCUCUCCUCUGCCUGCCCCACCCUUGUUUAUUCAUUUAUCCUCAUUUAGAGCCAUUUCCAGAGAUUUAGAAAGAUUUGCAGUAACGAAUGGAUUCCUAUAUAAAGAUUAUUUUUAUACUUUUUGCAGCAAAAGGAAAUUGUAAUAUUUGUACAGUGUGCGAGUGAAUAAAGACCGUGCCUAAGGCUG